AUGGCGACCCCAACACAUACACUACGGCCAUUGACGUGCUGGAAGUCAAUAUUACGGCACACAAGACAUCAGAAAGUCGUAACGAGGUCCUUGACCACAUAUCACCAAAACGUGCCCUACUCGAAAUUCCAAUUACCACCUCCCGCUCUUAAAAAGAUAAAAGUCUACCCAGCACCCCCCUUCCCCGCCGCCAACACCAAAGAACCCCUCAAAGCCCUCUGCGCCGACCAAAUCGCGCUCCUCGACCCAACCGGCGUUCGAACAUCCCUCUUCUCUAAAACGAACCCGGAAGCCGCGAAAGUCGGCGACAUCCUCUUAGUACGCUUAAAAGGCGGGGACCCCUUCGCCGGCGUCUGCAUCAACAUUCGUCGACGGGGCGUGGAUACGGGCAUAUUGUUGAGGAAUCAGUUGACGAGGGUCGGCGUCGAGAUGUGGUAUAAAAUUUAUAGUCCGAAUGUGGAAGGCAUUGAGGUUGUGCAGAGGAGCGCGAAGAGGGCGAGGAGGGCGCGGUUGACGUAUAUGCGCAAGCCGAAGCAUGAUGUGGGUAGUGUGCAGAAUUUGGUGCUGGCUUAUCAGAGGUCGAGGAGUGGGUUGAGGGGGAGUGCGCAGAAGGAGGAGGGGCUGAAAGGGGGGAAGAAGAAGAGUGUGAGGGGGAAGAAGCAUUAG